CUUAUUGCGCAACCACAGCGCUCUAAAUUAAAAAUCUAAAUUAGCAACUUUUGUCAACAACAUGGCUGAUCAGCAUCGCAACUCGAGUUCAUCCGGUGAGCUUGACGGCGGCGAAUCCUCUCCUCUUUUGUCUGAUCAACCUCGUCGAGUGCGACAGCCAUCUGUGACAUCCAACACGAACGUUCUCGUCCACAUCCCAGAAGCCCGCCACAAGAAUGCCAUCGUGAACUUAGCUUGUCUGAUCAUGUUCAUGGCAGCUUCGUCGGGCGGCUUCUUGGGCAUCCCACAGGCCCGAAUUAUCGAGGAUGUGCUCUGUCACAAGUAUUACGACGUCGGCAAAGCACAAAUGAAAGCUCUCGAUGGUAAAGAUUCAAUUGACGAGGAUAUGUGCAAGUUGGAAUCAAUCCAGAGCGAACUCGCAUUUAUUCUAGCUAUUCAAAGCGCUUUGAGCGCUAUCAUCGGUUUUAUCGCCGCAUUUCCCUGGAGUCUUGUCGCUGAUAGAAUUGGUCGCAAACCUGUGCUUGGUAUAAAUCUUAUGGGCAUGACUCUUGGUGUCAUAUGGACAGUAUUGGUCCUGUGGUUCAGUGAUGUGUUCCCACUCCAACUGAUCUGGCUCGAGUCGGCAGGUCAGCUUGUUGGGGGUGGCAUUCCGAUUCUCGUUGCGUUGCUAUUAAGUAUGGUAACCGAUGUAACGACUGAGGAGGAGAGAGCCGUGUUUUUCAUGCGUAUACACGUAGCCAGCUUGUGUGGCAACCUCUUAGCUCCUUCACUGUCUUCCCUCAUGAUGGCACGGACAGGCCCCUGGCCGCCAUCAGCUGUUGGUGUUGCUCUAUUCGCCACAGCUACCAUUUCCACAAUCUUCAUUCCGGAGACACUGAAAGCAGAACAGUCACGAACUCCCGAACCACAUGAAACGGCGAACAAGACCUCAAAAGUACGGCACCUGGUGGAUCGCUUAAAGGAGUCUUUAUCAAUCCUGCAAUCGUCUUCGUUGAUCAUCCUUUUGAUCACAUGUCUGUGCUCGUUGCCCAUUUUCUAUUCGACUUCUUCGUUCAUGGCACAAUUCCUGUCCAAGCGAUAUAAUAUCAAACUAUACCAAAGCGGCUACAUCCAAUCCGCCUACGGCAUUGCACAAAUGAUCCAGUCACUCAUCAUUUUACCUUGGCUCUCCAAGUUCGUAAUGAAAAGGUCAACUUCCCCCAUAAUCCGGCCUAUCGAUGAUCAUCAUCGGGAUCUGGCCUUUGCCCGCUGGUCAUACGGUAUAAUUAUGGUUGCUGCUCUUAUCCUGGGCUUCGCGCCAACCCUGCUCUUUUUUGUUUUCGGACUCGUCCUCCUCGCUCUAGGUUCUUGCAGCAGUAGUCUCACCCGAAGCUUGAUGAGUCUCUACGUCGACCCAGCACAUCGCUCCCGCCUUUUCGGAAUGGUCGGCAUGGUUGAGGUGAUUGGGGCCAUGUAUGCUCAUUCUAUGCUUGCUGGAUUGUUCUCGUUGGGGAUGAAGUAUGGGAGUGGGUGGAUUGGACUUCCGUACUAUGGUCUGGCUCUUCUCCUUGUCAUUACUGCUACCCUCCUUCUCUUCGUGCGAGUCCCGGAUAAAGGUGAAGAGGAUACAUCUCAAGAAUAGAAACGACUGCCGGUAGACCUGCUAAGCAGUAUUCAAGAAGGGUGAGCAGGAGCGAUUC